AUGCAAGAGACAGAAGAUAAAGGAAAACAUGACGGUGCAACCAAAACUGAAAAUAAGGAAAUUACUGAGAAGGAGAAAGAAGAUAAAAAUGAGAAGGAAGAUAAAGAUAAAAAGAAGAAAGACAAGGAUGAAAAAACCAAGGAAAAGGAUGGAAAAGAUAAGACGAAGAAGAACAAGAAGGAUAAAAAAGAAAAGAAUCCCGAUGAUAAUAAGGACUUAGAAAAAUUCAAGCUUAAGGUGGAGAAAAUUGAUGCCAAGAUGCAGGAUCUAGAAGACAAGAGGGAGGUAAUUCUCAAGUUGCUUAAUGAAGCUGGGCAAAUUGCAGCGAAUGCAAGUGCUGCUCGCCUUCCAUUCGAUCCACUAUCGAGCCACUUGAUGAAAAAAAAGAAAAAAGUCAAGUGA